CGACGAAGGACCUAUCGAAUCUUCAAGAGAAAAAAGAGCAAUUCUACUACAGACAUGUCGACCGAUCUCACUCAGCUCCACCAUCUGUUCCUCCAUGCCAUGCUUUUACGACGCGUGGCUUCCUAUGAGAAAUGGCUAGAGGUAUGGAAGAAAUCGGCUAGGAUUCUUGGAAUCAACGUAUCGGAUAAUGGUUUUGUUCAGUUUUACGGAGAAAUUAACGAUCGAAUCGAACGCUUCGGUUUCCGUAUCGAUCUCCUGUGUGAGGAAGGUAAUGGGCCGAUCGAUAUGGACCAAAUCGAACAAGAUACCGCCGACAAUCGCCGUCUAAAAACGAAACGUUGGAUGGCCUUGGUCAACACUCGGUCAGACGACAGUGCAAAGCUUGGGACAGAAUUCAAUCCGACCGAGAUCAGCUUUUACAAGAAGAUAGUCGACAACAUCAUCCUUUCAGCAAAUUACCGAUAUUGUCUCUCUCGCCACGACUGUUUACGACUCACAACCACUCUCCAAGCGAGUCUUAAGAAAAGUGAUGCCGAAAAAUGUCUGCGUAUCUUGGUCAAGAAAGGCUGGCUGAACGAAUCCCGGACCGGCUGUUAUUCCCUCUCGAUCAGAGCAAAACUGGAACUCAAAUCGUAUAUCGAAGAAAACUAUAACGAGGAAGACAGGCCCCCGCAAUGUGCUGCAUGUAGAGAGAUCGUCAUGCGAGGCUUUAAAUGUCCGAAUUCAGAAUGUCCCAAAGCAAUGCAUGUGACGUGUAUAAUCAACCAAUCCAGACAAGCCCACAUAUGUCCAUCCUGUCGAAGUCCUUUCAAUUACAGAACUCUCAUAGGAGAAGACGCACCGAAAGGCGAAAGUCGGGCGACUGUGGAUGACGAGGAUGACGAUCCAGAAAACGAAUCAACACAGACGACCAUCGAACCCAAUGAGAGACGACGCAGUAAGCGCGCCCGUAUCCAAUCCACACAAGAGCCGGAUGAGCUCGAUGACCAUGACGCCUGAGACCCCCGGAAAAAAUCGCUUCCUCACUUGUCCAGCACUUUGUCCACAAUCAACAAAAAGACCAUCCUCCCUCUUCUCCCUGCUUUGUCUGAAUUGUUAUCUCCCCUUCUCUUUUCUUGUGUGGGUUUCUCCUCUUAUUCAUCUGUACAAGGCAUUUUAUCUUCAUGUUUCCAGUUUUUUUUUAUCGUCAGUUCUUGAUCUCAUGAGACUAGCAAACCAUAUUCUUCGCUUUCUUUCUUUUGGUUAUACAAGGCAAUCAAAUAGCUUGGAUCUGUAACAGGGAAUAAUAAUGAACAAAACAAGCUUGGUCUUGAGCUGCC